AAAUGCUGCGACUUGCGAUCGUAAAUUGUUAAACUAAAAAGUGUUUGUCGGGCUCAGAAGGAAACGCAAUCAAAAAGUUAUCUAAAAACCGCUAUCAAUGCGAAUUGCAAUGUGCAGAGUGUAAAUUAGUGGUUCUCAGCAGACAAAAAACUUAAAGGUUGAAAAAAAUCACAAAAACGAAGCCGACUCAACUAAUGUACUCACAUACGCUUGCCUGAGGACGCGGGCAGGGUGCUGCGCGAAUGUACGGGUAAUGCCUGAAUCAGAUUGAUUUCAUUUAACAGAUGCCGGGGCACAGUGCGCACACUAAUUAUGAUAAAUGGGAUGCCCACAUUGUGUUAACUAAACAAAGGCUAUAAUCAGUGCAGUUACACGCACACAGAUACAGGCGCACAAACACACACAAAUAACAUUAUCAAAGAUAGAAGAGCACCGCAAAACCGAAACCGAAACCAGAGACCAAAGACCGAGACCAUGUCAAAAUAUCAAAAGCUCGACAGCGCCGAAGCCCCCACGGGGCCCCAUGAAGAUGAUUACGAUGAGAGGUUUUCGCCUUACUUUGAUGGUAAUCAGCCGCUGUCGGGCGGCGAGCAGGAGCUCCAUGACAGCCGACUGCCUGCCAGGGGAGCCGCUCAUCUGACCAACGAUAGUUCAAAAUACCACCAUCACCAUCCCCACCCCCAGGAGCACCUCAACCACAACAACAACAGCCUCGCAAGCAGCCAUCGAGUGGCAGGAAUAGGAAGUAAAGUUAUCCGAGAUCUGGAAGAGCAGACGUGGGAAGUUCCGCUGCUGGGCGGCAGCGAAGGAAGCGCCAGCAAUCUGCACUCGGAGCACGAGCAUGACACUGCAGCGCGAAUGGAAUUUGAGAUGGAGAUGGGGGCGGACAGGGAAUGCCGCAGCUCCCAGCCGGGAUUUGGUGCGAACCUAAAGAGCAAAUCGGCACAGGAGGCCAAAUUUAAAAUUCUGCUCGCAAUUUCCCUCUGCUGCAUAUUCAUGAUCAUUGAAUUCCUUGGCGGGUACGUGGCCGGAAGCCUGGCGAUUAUGACCGAUGCCGCCCAUUUGGCAACUGAUUGUAUUAGUUUCGUCAUCGGGCUGGUUGCAAUUUGGCUGGGCGGCCGACCGCCGGACGAGCGCAUGUCCUUUGGAUACAAACGCUAUGAGGUUGUCGGUGCUCUGGCCUCCAUACUGGGUAUCUGGCUCCUGACUGGCAUACUCGUUGUGGUUGCUAUUCAACGGAUAUACACCCAGGACUUUGUGCUGGAUGUGAAUGUGAUGAUGUCCAUAUCAGGGAUUGGCAUUGCCAUCAAUAUUGUGAUGAUGUUCGUUUUGCAUGGCUCCUGGCUGGGCAUUGGCGGCCAUGGACAUGGGCACGGUCAUAGUCAUAGUCAUAGUCAUGGACAUGGACAUGGACACAGCCACAGCCACUCCGACUCAAACUCCAACUCUCGUUCGGGCUCCUACGCGCUUCUAGCCGCAGGCAGCGACGGCUCUUUGAUGGCAGCCACAGAGUCGAGAGCAACAAUUGCAAAUGGCCAUAAUGUGGCUAUAUCAAAUGGCUCGAAGCCAUUCGAGUGUAUCGGGACAGGAGGGAGGCCCAACCACGAACGCCGACAGAUGAGUUCUCCGCAGCCCUUGGACAUGGAGGAGAACCUGAACCUGCGAGCGGCCAUGAUUCAUGUGAUUGGCGAUCUGGUGCAGAGCAUUGGCGUCUUUCUGGCCGCCGUUCUAAUCAAAUUCUGCCCCGGCGCCAAGUAUGCGGAUCCACUGUGCACGCUGCUCUUCUCGGUGAUUGUGAUUCUGACGACGGUGCCGCUUUUCCGCGAGUCGGUCGCCGUCCUGCUCGACGCCGUGCCACAGAACCUCUCUCUGCGGACUCUGCAGCGCCAGCUAGCCAGCAUCGAGGGUGUGAGAUCGGUGCAUCAUCUGAAUGUGUGGCAGCACACCGCCGAGCACCGAGUACUCAUGGUGCAUCUCGUCACAGAGGCGGGCAGCAACAGCGAGGACAUCCUGCAGCUGGCCACGCAGCUGGUCAGCGGCCCCGAGUACCGCAUGAAGCAUGCCACCAUCCAAAUCGAACGUCUGCCUGCGUAGUCUAAAAGAACAUUCAGCGAUUGGCGUACUUAAGUUGUAGCCAGACAGUUUUGAACCACCAAAGUCUCAGUGCCACAUUAUCGAGGGCAUUUUGUGAUUUCCCCCACUCGUGUAUUAAGUUUUAUUUUAUGUAUAGCGCACCUUUGAGAAUUGUAUUUUUAUGUCCUCCAGAUAAAGAAAUUGUAUUCAUUUA